UUGCGGGGUUUCGCAAGAAAAGUGGUGUCAAUAAUAAAUAAAGAGGUUUUCUCGUGUGUGCAAGUGAUAUUGUAACGAAAGAUGUGAUUUCCCUGCAAUAGGAGUGUGGAAAGUGUUGUAUAAACAAUCGCGACAAUGUAUUUCCCGGUUGGCUGGCCUAAAAUACUCGAUAUCGCGGAAACGGCGAAUGGUUGUCAAUUGCUGAAGAUUUGUUGUGACCGAGUUAAGAUUCUCUUUGCCAUUCUCACGGAAGACAGCCUGAGAAUAUGGUACACAAAGCCGUGCGUCCCAAUUGUCUGCCAUCGUCGGGAUGCAAAAUCGAUAGAGAAACAUGGCCGGAAUAUGCUGGUGGAGUGGAAGCCCGAUUCCAGCAUGCUCGUGAUUGUGACAGAGGACGGCACGCUGCUGCUCUUCAGCCUGGGAGUCGUCGACACGCCCAAGGGAAUCUACAACCAGAUCGACUCGCCGUUCCAGAACUUGCGCCGCGACAGCGCCGAGCUGUUCGUGAAGGAGACAAUUCCCUCGCUCACGCUCACGCUGUCCCACGAAGUGGCACUCUUCGUACCGGUCACCUGCGUGUCCUGCGUCAGCAUCUCCCAGAUGAUGGUCGCCACGGAGUCCGGAAAGGUGCUGCGCAUCCGCUGGGAUGGCGUGGAGGAGCGCGACUUCUCGCUUGACCUCAAGCGCAUCCCCUUCAGUGUGAACCAGCAAGUUAGCUACGCUGUGCCAAUUUUAGAGGAUAAAGUUCACAUAACUUCGAUGGACUAUUCGCCACUCGUGGGCGGUUUUGCCAUCACACUCAACGAUGGUCGAGCGGCUUUUCUCACGGCGAACAACCUCAAGUUUGACCCAAACCAAGUUCAAGGAAUAUGGGCUCAAAACAUCGACGAUGCGAGUUGCGCUACGAUAAAUCACAAAUACCGCUUGAUAGCGUUCGGGCGCAAGAAUUCGCAGGCUGUUGUGUACACGAUAGAUGACUUAACUGGUGGCCUAGAAUUGUCGCAUGCUCUAAUUCUGAGUGCCAAAGACUUUCCGGGCUCGCCUGGCGCCGUGCGGGAGAUGAAAUGGACUCCGGAUGGAUGUGCAGUGGUGCUUUCGUGGUGCAAAGGCGGGAUUUCGUUGUGGAGCACUUUUGGGUCGACGCUCAUGUGCUCCUUGGGUUGGGAUUAUGGACUGAAUGUGGAUCUGGCCAAGCACAAUCCCCUGGACAUCCAGUCGAUGGACUGGUCAACGGAGGGCUAUCAGUUGUUCAUGGUGCGACACACGAAUGCCCAGGAAGUGGACGGAGACAACGCAUCGACGGCGGAGCCUUCGCGAUCGCUGCUCGUGCUGGACUUUGUCAAGAGCUCAAUGUCCGUGAAUCCGUGCAUGAGCUUCCACUCGCACCUGUUGCUGCAGGGCGACGACAAGCUGUACAUGAAUCAGGGCGAGAGUCUCCGCAAUAUUCACUACAACUCACGCAGCUACGGCACAGAUCUGCGCACAUUCGACUCGCCGUUCUACACGGGCUGCAAGCAGACCAACUUCUUCGCCACAUCCUACAGCAUCUGCACGACGAGUUACAUAAACGAUGGUGAGAUCAAGCGUGUGGCCAAUGAUGAUGCCAUGUAUCAUUCGGAUGACUAUGAGCUGGGAAAAUCACUGCAAGUCACCAGCAUAUUGUCGGAGAGCAAACACUGGAUCGUUGUGCAACUUCCCACAGCUUAUAUGGCCAGCAAUUGGCCAAUUCGAUACAGUGCAAUCGACAAGAGCGGAGUGAAUUUGGCUGUGGCCGGUCGACUGGGCUUCGCGCUCUACUCCCUCGGCACGCGCAAGUGGAAGCUGUUCGGCAAUGAGACGCAGGAGAAGGACUUUGUCGUCACCGGGGGACUGCUGUGGUGGAAUGAGUUCAUCAUCAUGGGAUGCUACAGCAUGGUGGGCCACAGUGACGAGUUGCGACUGUAUCCGAAGGACGCGAAGCUGGACAAUCGCUUCGCGAAGAUCAUUCCCUCCAGUGCACCGGUGGUGCUGAUCAAUCUCUACAAGGAUCAACUGAUUGUCUUCACCAAUGACGGCUUCGUCACGAGCUUCGCAAUAACACGCCACGAUGCCCAAACUGUGGAUCUCACAACAUUCCGUCUGUACGAUAUCAGAGGACUUUGCGUCCAUCCGGCGUGCAUUGUGUCAGUGACGAUGACCAAUUUGAAAAAUGAAAGCAUUCCGCGAGUCAAUCAAGCGAGUCAACAAUCUGAGACCCUGAUCUUGAACGUUUCGGGGCGGCUGUUGAUGGUGCAGAAGGAGAAUAAUGGGAAUACAUGUGAACAUCUGACAUCAACUUGCCUGGCAUCGUGUGUUGAGUGCAUUUGGCUGUCGGACUCACACAAGACGCACCUCAAGGAGUCUCUGUGGCUCUUCUGCGGCGGACACGGCAUGCGAGUGUGGCUGCCUGUCUUCCCGCGGCGCGAAGGCGACUCUGGCCAUCGGAGUCACAGGCACACAUUCAUGUCCAGAAGGAUCAUGCUCUCCUUCACGCUGCGUGUUUAUCCACUGGUGAUCCUCUUCGAAGAUGCAAUAAUUCUGGGCGUGGAGAAUGACACAGUUCUGUACACGAGCGACUCUAGUCUUCACUUUUCCCUCCCAUUUUGCGUACUUGAGAGAACGAGUCAAGUAUAUUUGCAUCAGAUACUCCGCCAAUUGAUUCGACGCAAUCUCGGCUACAAUGCCUGGGAGAUUGCCCGCAGUUGUACAAAUUUGCCAUAUUUUCCGCAUUCUCUGGAACUACUCUUGCACGAAGUUCUCGAGGAGGAGGCCACGAGCAAGGAGCCCAUUCCUGACGCCCUGCUGCCCAGUGUGUUGGAGUUCAUACAAGAGUUUCCCGUCUAUUUGCAGACUGUUGUUCAGUGUGCUCGCAAGACGGAAAUUGCCCUCUGGCCGUAUCUCUUUGCCACUGCUGGAAAGCCAAAAGAUCUCUUUCAACAGUGUCUGGCAUCGAAGCAACUCGAGACGGCGGCCAGUUAUCUCAUCAUCCUGCAAAAUUUAGAGCCGUCAUCAAUUAGUCGGCAAUACGCGACUUUGCUGCUGGACACGGCCUUGGAGCAGAGUAAGUGGGAGUUGGCGCGAGAUCUGGUGCGCUUCCUGCGAGCAAUUGAUCCAAAUGAUGUGGAAUCGCCGCGAACGUCAUUCGUGAUGGGCCAGAAGUUGGGCCUCAGCUCACCGACGACUCCCGUGAGUCCCAAUGCGGAGGAUUUGAGCCUGAUUAUGGGCUCAAUGGCGCGCGGUCGAAGCUUCUCCACCACGAUGAAUCCCAAACAGCAGCCCGGAGAGCCGAAUCUGAACACAUCGCCGAACAGUACAAAGGAGAAGACGCCGCCGUCUUCGGUGACGGUGCAGAAGAGGAAGAAAAGCAUGCCGCACACGCAGAAGGAGAAGGACUCGUCCACGGCGGAGGACUUCUUCAUCGACGUGAUCCUGCAGCGGCACGCCAGGCGAUUGCUGCAGGAGCGGAAGCUGGAGGAGUUGGGCUACAUGAGUGCUGCGCUGGACUUCCACUUGGUGGGCUGGUUGUCGCGUGAGAAGGACAGAGCGGCGCGCAUUGAGGACUUCGUGGCGGCGCUGAAGCAACUACACGAGGAUCUGGAGUGGCCAAAGCCGAGUCUGGAGUUGAAACUCAAUCCCGAUGCUGACAAGUCCAAUCAGACGCAAGAGAGUCCGAGUUACUCGCUGCAAUCGCUCAAGAUUGAGACGAAUUUGGGUGCUAGCGAUUCGGGAUACACAAGUCUUCCUGGCCAGCAGACGUCUCUGGAGAUGCCCAUGUCGUGCGAUGAGGGACAUCUGAAGGUGCAUCGUCGCGACAGUGGCUCGAAGUUGCUCCUGAAGACCGCCACUGUGAGUGUGGAGGCGAAGCCGAGCGCCAGCAACAAUAACGUCGAAGGGCGGAAGCCCAAAUUGCCCAGCAUUUCCGAGGCUGAGGCGAAAUUAGUGCCAAUGAUGGAGAAUAUGAGCGUCACGUCGGAGCAGGUGUCGUUCUGGGGCGACGAGAACUCCAAUGCCUUCACGCCGGACAUCGAGCAUCAGGCCUUUGCGAAUCCACAGCUGCCCAGUGUUGAGGAGGAGCCAAAGCUCAAGACUGUGUCACACAAGCUGGAGGUGAAGAUGCGGUAUUUGCUGCAGAUCUUCACUGAGGCGGGAUGUCUGGAGUUUUCUCUCCUGCUGUCGAUUCUGUUGCUGGACGCAGCAUCGAUUUGUCGCAUCACAAAUGCCGCCGUCCGGACGGGAUCUCUGCAGCUCUGUCGACAGCUGCGCAACGGCCUGAAGGACAUCAUGCGAUGGAGCUUCCAAGAGUGUCUGGGCUACAGAUCUUUCGCCAUCACGCUUCAGCCGCAAAUCUAUCAACUGGACAAGUUUGUGCUGCAGAAGGAAUCCAUUCCGCCACUGCAGUUCGUCUCCUACAGUCCAACACAGAGCUUCCCAAUGACUCAAAUUCCCAGUUCUGACAAAGUCGAUCCGGCAACAAAGAAUACUCAAUCGUCAAUUAAAGUGGAUCACCAGACGUUCGAUCACAUGCUGGUGAAGAGCAACAGCGUGGACAGAAGCACAGCGGCGCAGACUGAGUCAAUUAGCAGCGAUCGUGAGGAAUCCACUCAAUCCAAUCCAGCCAAUUCUUCUGUGUUAUCUUUCAACGAUUUGCCAAAGCCUGAGAGUACUGGUUGUGUCCUAAUGUAAAUACAAAAAUGCAGGAAAUUGUGCAUAAUGUUUAGCAAAAAGUUCUCAUUUAUAUCCUUUCUGUGUGCAAUUUUGAGCAAUAUGUCAUUCAAUUGAAUCCGUUUCUAUGUUUAAGCUUCUCAGGAAAUUGUGUUGAAGAGAAAAAAAAAAUUAAUGGAAAAUUGUGUCUGUUUUCCUGAUCAAUCGAAAAUAUUUUUGCGAAAGAUUUUUAAAUAAUGUGCGGAAGACUUUUUUCGAGCGAUUUUCAGUGAAACAGUUUCCGUCCUUUUGCAGAAGAGAAAGAGAACGAAGAGAGAGAGCAAAGUAGCCAAAUGAUGAUUGAUUCCCUUGUUUAAAUGUUGUCCUGACUGUGGCAGAAAUACGUUGAGAUUCAAUAAUGUAGCAAUUUUGUGAGAGAACUUACAGAAGACAUUCUUUGAUAGGUUGGCAGAGAGAGAGUUGCGUUUUAGAUGGAAAUGAAUUUGUUAUCUACAAUUAAUUGGUUAGUGUUGACUUUGUAGAAGCGAUAGCGAAGUGAAUAAUAAGAUUUAACAAAGUUUUGUAGAGUAGAACUCUUAUUUAAAUAUAAUAUUUGCAGAAUGAGAAGAGAGAAAUUUGGAUAAUUGCAUAAUUUAUAGGAGAUUUCUAUAGAGAAAAAACAUUGGUAAUUUCAUAUUGACUAACAUUCUUUGUUGUCUACAUUGUAAAUAUCAAAAUCUCAAGGUAAAAUUCUAUCCCUUCUCUUAAAUAACAAUACAAAUUUGACUCACA